UAUGAAGAACGGGUGUGAGACCUUGGAUAAUUGCAGUGGCUUGACUCUUAAGUUCUUUUCGCCGCUUUUUAAACGUGAAAAGUCGAAAUUUCUACGGAUUCCAUUCCGCGUUUACUCUCGAAGUCUCCGCGCUAUUACGGCUGUUUUGAAACGCGUUUAGACUUCGGUUCAUCUUAAGCAACUUUUAAAAAGUUAGCCAACGAACCAAAAAACGACUGAUCGCCUCAAAAGGGAUCCACCAUCAAGAAACAAUGGACAUAUUUGUGGUGUUCCUUCUGAAGUGUAAAGCGGCCUGGGACAGUCUGACCAGUUGCAUAGGUUCCAAAGUCUCGUCAACCGUGGAGCCAACUCACCCGGUACCAAUCCGCGAGCGGACCCAGUCCCACCAAUCGAACCAGCCGAGUCAACAUGGCAGCCAAGAGGAAGACUAAAAAACGCGUCCGCAUUAAUCCAAACCGACCGAAAUCGGCCCGACCGCGCCCACCCUCGAAAAAAAGGGCCACAGCACGAAAACCGCGUCGAGGGCGCCGGCCUGUGUCCUCGAGACGCCCCACGGCCAAGCGACGCCCCUCCAUCCUAGUCAACUCGCCGCGGAAAGCGAGGAAGUCGCGAUCCCGCUCGCUGAGCAAGCGGUCCGCCUCGGUCUCCGCUAGAGCGCGCUCGGUGUCCUCUCGGCGCUCGAAAUCUCGCUCCCCGUCCAAGUUCAAGCUCCCCAAGAUCAGACUGCCGUUUCAGAGGGCGUCCAAAGCCAGUCCGCGGCGACUCAGUCUUGCGUCCCUCGGGUCGCGCUCUGGACGAAGGGAUUCCUGCUCGGCCUGCCGGAAGGCCUCUCUCGACGAGGCCCGAGCUGCCAGCGCCGCCAGGCCCAAAUCCUCGUCGCCCAUCAAGCUACCCAAAAUCAACUUCAACUCGUUCUUCAGUUCCAGGAGGCUCAGGAGGAAGAAGAAAUAAUGAAACAACGAA